CCUCUUCUGUGGGAAAGGAAGCGGAAACGGAGGCCACGUGGGGAGAAGGAGGGAGGAUCCAGAGAGGGAGGGGGGACGUUAAUCCGGUUUCUGUUUCUCUUGCAGGGCGGGGGGCAGACCUGGCUGCUCCCUUUCGGGGAGGAAAAAGAUGUCAGCCUCUUUGGACUUGAAGUCGAAGGAAGAGAAGGAUGCGGAGCUGGACAAGCGGAUCGAGGCACUGCGGCGCAAGAACCAGGCGCUGAUCAAGCGCUAUCAGGAGAUUGAAGAAGACCGGAAGAAAGCUGAGCAGGAAGGCAUUGCUGUGACUGGAGGGCGAAGACCUCGGGCUGCUGAAGGGGAUGCCAUCGUGCUGGAGAGGAGGCGAGGGGAGCUGGACUCCCCGACUCUGACUGUCCAGGUCUUGCUAUCUCAGGAGGAAAAGCAUGUGGUCAGCAACGAGAGGAAGCACCCAGCUUCCGCCAAGCCCCCCCGCAGUAGCCCCCAUGGCCAGGGUUCCCUCCGUGGGGUGUUCUAUUCGGGCAGCCGCUCGCCGAGAGGGGAAUACCCCCCUGAACAACCAGAAUGGGAAGAGGGGAGCACAGCUGGGCCUGGGGCCGGCAAGCGAGGAGGAGGCAGAGGCGGGGGACGUGGACGAAGGCCCUGUGGGGGACAUGGGGGCCCCGGAGGAGACGCCGGGCCCGACAGAAGAUCCAAGGAGUGGGAGGAGCGCCGGAAGCAGAACAUUGAGAAGAUGAAUGAGGAGAUGGAGAAGAUCGCUGAGUACGAGCGUAGCCAGCGACAGGAUGGGGCACAAGAGAAGAAUCCGGUCCGCAACUUUCUCGAUGAUCCGCGACGCAGCGGCUCCUUUGCUGAGACAGACAGACGAGAAGGGAGCCGCCGCCACAUCCGCAAUUGGGGAGGCCCCGAUUUUGACAAAGUCAAGACCGGGAUUGAGCAGGGCAAGGAGUGGCCCUCUCCUGGUCGCGGCGGCUCCCGACGCAGAGGAGGCCCACCACCCGCAGCAUCUCUGGACAUGACACUCUGCAUGACAGGCCGGGAGCGUGCGGAAUAUAUCCGCUGGAAGCAAGAGCGAGAACAGAUUGACCAGGAGCGGCUGGCACGACAUCGCCAGCCUACGGGCGAGUGGCGCCGAGAAUGGGAUGCAGAGAAGAUGGAUGCAGCGUUUAAAGAGGGCAGCAAGCCUGGAAGCUCUGGAGGUUCUGGAGGUGGUAAGCAUGGUGAGUCCAAGCGGCCCCCAAAACUGCCCACAUUUGGAGAGUUCCUGUCUGAGCAGCAACCAGAUCGGCGCAGGAGGGGCAGAGGAAGGGGCCGUGGGCGCCCACGGGGCAGUGGGCCCUCCAAACCCUACAGCAUGCAUGACAAUCGCUGGGAGAAGGAAGAGCCGGACCAAGCCACGCCACCAGCGCAGGUGGAAGAAAAGUCAGCCGUUGACACUGUGCAGCAGGUGGAGAAACCUGCCUCUCCUCAGGUAGUUCUGGAAGAGGAAAUGGUGGAAGGGGAAGAGGAAGAUCAGUGGGAAGAUGUCAGUGGCGGGGAGGAAGAGGAGGAAGAAGAAGAGGUAGAAGCUGGGAGCAACAACAGCCAGGGCUCGGACGCUGAAGAGGAAGAGGAGGGGAAAGAGGAGCAGCAGCCAUCACCGCUGCCUCCUUCCACCAGCUCUUCUCAACCUCCUGGGAAGAAUGGGCAACUGUCCCUAGCCAUGCCUCCGCCUCCAGAAGAAGAGGAGGCUCCAAACACAGACGGAAAGCCCUUGACUCCGUUUUCACCAGCAGAAGGGUAUCACCCUGUUUCUGAUUGGGGCGAAGAGAUGGAGCUGAACUCACCCCGGGCGAACCUAACCAAGAGUCCUUUGGCUGCAUCCGAAGUGGGGCCUUCCGCCAGUUCUGGGCCAGCUUCCACUUACUCUCCUUCUGGAUCAGGAUCCCAACAGUCCACUGUAGAAGUGUCGGAAAAAGAGGCACCUCCUGUGCCUGGAGCCCCAGUGGCUGAGAUGAGCAAGGAGCCAGAAGUAGACAAUUUGAACAAACAGUCUGUGCAAGGGGAACCAGACAAUCAAGAUGACAACGGAGCUGCAGCAGGGACCUUGGCUACUGUGCCUGUUGAGGGAGAGAUUACUGACAUCCAGAAGGAGUAGCAGGAGGCCUGAAGCACUGGAGGGAAUCUCCUAUCUGCUUCCCUUGCCCAGGGUGGCCAAGAAGGAGACUGGCUUCUGGACACAUCAGUGACCCUGCCCUGCCGCAUCCUGCUUGCUUGUAUUGCUCUUGGGCUUCCAUAUUUAGAGGAAAGCAACCCCUCUCCCAGCACGCCGUAGCCUGCAAAGCCAUCUUUUAGUGCAGUGAACACUAAAUCCAUGUGCAGAUGGGGACUGUGGCACCUGCCUGUAUGUGAUGCUUUUCUGACUGUUAUUGUUGGUGGGGUCAGGUGCACUUGUGCAUGUGGGAGGGGAAAUCUUUUUGUUCAUUUAUCCACCCUUCUUCGGUACAGUAUUUCUUAGAACAAAGGCGUCCUGUAAAAUAUGCACAAGUCCCCCUUGACACUUUGAGGAGAAAGAAAAGCUUAGAGUUUAUCUGCCUUCACUCCUCUGCCCCACAUGCUGCUGCUUUUUUCUUUCUUUCUCUGGGGUUGGGUAGGAUUUGGCUGCUUCAUAUCAUGUACAAAGGAAAAAGGGAUUUUAAAAAUAAAGUCAUUUUGGUGGCCA